CGCAUUAUGGCUGCCCUCCGCUCGCCUUGCCUUAAAAAAGGCCCUCUUUCCCUUCGCCUUAAAAAAGGCCCUCUUGCCCUUCGCCUUUCAUGACUAUGGUCAAAAUAGAAAUGAAUUUUUGGGCGAAGGGAGUAUAAAUUGAGUAUUAAGUCGAAGCUAGCUUCAAGAGUCUUGUUGGAUAAAAGGAAUUUAGGUUGGAAGAAAGGUAUGUUCUAUUGAUCCGUAGUAGGACCGGCUAUGCUUUAUGGAGUGGAGUCUUGGGAGUUAAGAAAGUCCACAUUCGUCAACUGCAUGUGGCACAAAUGAUGAUGCUGCCAUAGGUGUGUGGGCAAACAAGGUUAGAUAAGAUUCAGAAUUUAUCCAAGUAAAGGUGGGAGUCGCACCUAUGGAGGAUAAGAUACGUGAGGGUGGUGAGGCACGAUUGAGAUGGUCAAGUCAUGUGAAGCGGCAUAGCAUUGAGGCCCUAGUGCAGAGAUACGAGAGGCUUACGAUGGUGGGUGGAUGUUGAGAGGGGUAGGCCUAGGAAGAAUUCAAAAGAGGUAAUUAGUUAGGAUAGGACUGUUGGCCCUUUCCUAGGAUAUGAAUUUAGAUAGGAGCGUCUGGAGAUUGAGGACUAUGGUAGUGGGGUAGUCGUUUGGAUCUAGGCCAUAGUUUUUGCUUUUUAACACGAUCAUUGCUUUCCUUUUCGAUCCUUUCUUAGUGGCUAAUACGUUAUAAAAUGCUGUACUUGUUAGAUUAGGAAUAAUGGUAUGUAUAACAUAAUACUUAUUCCUUUUAUAUUCUUUGGUUUUCCAUCAUCUCCGAUGGAGCCAAAAUUUCACCAUUUUUUGGCUUUGGGGUGUGAUGGAAUAAAUCAAAAUGGAUCUCAAAACUGUCUGCGCUUCUGUAAUUAAUGAAGUAGCACUUAGUCAAACAAUGCAACUUUCGACGUUGAGCUGGGGUCUCUUUGGAAACAGCCUCUCUACUUUCGAGUAGGGGUAAGGUCUGUGUACACACACCCUCCCCAGACCCUACUCUUGUGGGAUUUAACUGGGUUGUUGUUGUUGGUUUUCACUUCUUUCUUUUGAAGGAAGGAAAAUUGGCUUCUUAGAAAAAAGAAUCAAUUUGAAGUCACAAGCCUACCAUUUAAAGUGGUAGUUGGCUCAAUGUUGGAAUGAGUGAACCAUCCAGUGGUCAAGCUUGAACAUAGUUAUAAGAUUUUAAUAUGGCUCAUUUCAAUUGCAUCUCUAGUCAAAUGACCCACACAUGUCUAAGCUAAAAAAUUCAAAUUGGCCUCGCCUAACCUCAAUUUGUAUCCUCUGGUUUUUGAUAUCUUUUGUUGUCUGAUGAGCCAUAAAGCUUGAGCAUGGAAUCCACUAUUAAGAAAUGUCAACAAGGGUUCAAAAAAGCAAAGAAUGAGAUUGAUAAUUGGGAGGAGCUUCAAACUAGAUUGAUGUCCCAGUUUGCUAAUGCUUCCUUCAUCAUCGAGAGGUUGCAGGUAAUUCAAGAUUCCAAAAACUAUGGGGCCUUGGCAUGCAUUCAAGGGAAGAAUUUCAUUCCAUUGUUUUAUCGUUCGAGAAGAUUGUCCGUGAUGGUAGACAUCAAGUAAAGUGUGGGUCAACCCGGCCAACUAUGAAACAGUUGCAGCAACGAGUUGGCAUCAAACCAAGCCUUGCAGAUUGCUUAGAUGGGCUUAGUAUUCUCUGUGAGAUGCACCAAUCAGAGUACCAUCUCAAAUCAACUGUGGUUUCUGCAAUAUCAACACUUGCCUUGAAACCGAGUGGUGUGACCGAAGACUUAUGUGCCCUCAAGCAGCUUUUGUUAGAUCAGCCUAACAUUCCAAAAGAGGAAGUGCAAUUUAUAUUUGAUGUCAUCUUUGCCGAAGACAACUGUUGAUCAGCUCAUAAGUCAUAACACGCGUGGGACAUUGUGGAAACAUCUGCCUUUUCUGGGGUUGUGCUUAUGUUUCAAAUCUGUGCUCUGUUCUUUAUCUUCUGAGCAAACAAAACUAUUUUGUUUUUGCUCAAUAAAAUAUUACCCUCUCCAUCCCAUAUACUCCGUAGUUUAUUGGCAUGUUUGUCCCAAUUCCCAAAACAGAGACUUCUAUUCAAUGAAAACAAGCUGAAGGGAAAAUAAUAUGUAUUUCACAAAAAAUGGCAUUUUUUAGACAUUUCAUAAAAGAAAACAGAACGA